GGAUGAUAUGUGUCAAUUUCUUGUAGUUGUUUCGUUCUUUGCAUUUCGCUCACACCUUUUAGAAUAUUAUGUUGCUGCUCUGCUCGCACAAUAUUGUUUGGAGCAAACUCGAGAGAAGGGUCACCUUAAUAAUGAAUGUGUGCUAUAAAAAUUGUCAAAAAUCUGAAUGAAAUCAAGUACACAUCGUAAUGCAGAAUACUUGACAGAACUUUUAUUAGCUUCACAGUAAAGUGCAAUUAAAUAAAUUAGUGUAAUUAGUGUAAGUGUGCGUGGCAGUCAGAAUGAACAUGAACUUUACAUACAUAUUCGUGCUCAUAUGGCUGGCGUAUUUGAUAUGCAGCGGUGUUUUAUUAUUUUCGCGAGGAUUUUUACUCGCACGCGUGUCCAAAACGGAGACCAGCUCAUGCCGGCGACUUUCCAUAAAUCCCAAUGAUGAGCUGCGCCUAACUCCGGAGGUUGUUAAUGAGAUUUUCAAAGAUGUCAAUGCGUCAGCAGCAUCCAACUUAUGUCUUCCACAAAAAUCGAAAGUUAUUAUAUUGGUUAUUGAUGCGCUCAAAUAUGAGUUUGGCGUUUACAAAGAGAACAGCACCGAAUCGUUGCCUUACGAGAACAAGCUGUUGGCUAUGCAUGAGCUGAUACAGCAGUCGCCGGAACAUGCACGUCUGAUGCGCUUUAAGGCGGAUCCGCCCACAACAACGCUGCAGCGUCUGAAGGGACUUACUACAGGCAGUUUGCCUACAUUUAUAGACAUAGGCUCCAAUUUUGCAUCGCCCGAGAUUAAUGAGGAUAAUGUGAUCGAUCAAAUUGUUAAGAGCGGACUGCCAGCAGUGUUCUUGGGAGAUAGUACCUGGACGGAUUUGUAUCCGCGUCGCUUUAAACGUGCCUAUGCGUAUCCAAGCUUUGAUAUAUUCGAUUUAGACAGUGUGGACAAUCAGAUUAAACAACAUUUGCCCAAGGAGCUGGCCAGCAAUGACUGGGAAGUGCUCAUAGCGCACUUUUUGGGCGUGGAUCACUGUGGACACAAGCAUGGACCUAUGCAUGAUGAAAUGGCGCGCAAGCUAAGUGAAAUGAAUCAAGUGAUAAGCUCUGUAGUUGCAAGCAUGGAUAAUGAGACGACGCUGCUUGUUAUGGGCGAUCAUGGCAUGACAGCCACUGGCGAUCAUGGCGGCGAUACUGAUGACGAAACGAAUGCGCUGCUGUUUGCCUACACCAAGCAGCAUAAGUUCUUUAGCAAAAGUGAUUCUGGCUCUGAUAACGAAAUGCUGCAGCAGAUUGAUCUGGUGCCCACCUUGGCUACCAUACUCGGCGUGCCCAUACCCUAUUCCAAUUUGGGUUUAAUCAACUUUAAUAUUGUGCCUGCGGUGCCAGUGCCGCAUCUAAGCAAACUGCAAACGCUACUGCUGCAUGCCUGGCAAAAUGCACAGCAAGUGUAUCGCUAUUUCUUCAACUAUGCCAUGGAAAACAAGCGCACUUUUAAUGUGGAGCAAAUGGAUAAACUGGAAACGGAAUUUAUCCUGCUUACGCAUCGCGUGCAAACUAUUUACAAUGAGGUGGCAUUUGAGUCCUUUAAGCGUGAUCUUGAUACGCAUCUGCGUGAUAUACUCAAUGUUUGUCGCGAGCUUUGGGUCAAGUUCGAGCCCACGCAAAUGUCGCAGGGCUUGCUUUUUAGCUUUUUGCCCAUAUUCUUUGCCUUUCUGUUGAUUAACAACUCGAGCGCCAGCGAUUAUGCAAAUAUUUUCAAGCCCAAGGAGGUGUUCUACAUAUAUUUAAUGAACAUAGCUGCUGGCGUCUUUGGCUAUCGCUACUUUAAAAGCUUUUCCUUCAAAACAGAGGAGCAUGGCGUUAUUUUCUUUACCAGCGUGCUCAGCGCUGUGCUUUUGAUAUUCUAUACGCUGCGCCAUUGGAACAACAUUGCCAACAAUUGGGCAAAUGAGAAGCGUUUUGGACAUUUGCCAACGCGUUUGCUGCUGUUUGCCACCAUGGCAGUCUUCUUCUCCAACAGCUUUGUCAUACAGGAAGCUAAAAUACUUUCGUAUUUGCUUGUGGCCAGCUUGUUGCUGUUGGUGCAUGAGCUGCUGCAGCUAAGCGCCAAGCUGGACUUUAGACAAAAGUUUAAAUGGUCGCAAUUCCUGCGCUCGACUGCACUGCGUUUAAUCCUGGCCAGCUUAUUGGCCAUUUGUUGCAUACGCUUUGCUUAUACGCUCUUUCGCUGUCGCGAGGAGCAGGGCAACUGCGCCGACUUUGCAAGCAACAGCACGCAGGGAUCUACAGGCAAGCGCGCUGCCAUGGGCAAGACCUAUAUACUGGCGGUGGUCAUCAUUGUUAUCUACACAACGCUAACGCGUUUGUAUCUGCGCUCCUGCGGCAACUUGACGGGCAAUGCAGCGAAUGUUAUGCUGGCACGUUAUGGUCCCACUGUAGGCUCUAUAUGCGCUGGUGGUCACAUACUGCUCGCCAAUAGCGCUAUUAAGAAUAUACAAAGAAGUCACAUAGAUGCCAUGGCGCUGCUAAUCUAUGGACUGCUGCUGCUGCAAAUUCUGGUGGUUUCCUUUGCGCCGCUGAUGACAUUUGUGCUGCCGCCGCGCAGCUCCAAUGUGAUUAGCGUUAAUGGCUAUGACCGCAUAGUGCCGGAAAUCUUUAAAAAAAUGAAGCGCAUGUAUGAGGGAGACGAUGCAGAGCGUCGCUCGGAAAUUCCAGUGGUGUAUGGACUGGCUACAGUGUACUCCUCGGUUAUUAUAUCCUUUGGUGUGUUUCUGGCAUUGCUGAUGAUUGCGCUGCUGGAGCCACGCGCCAGCAUUGGCUUGGUUAUCUGCAUAGUUGUGGGCGCCAUCAUUUUAAGCGUGCAUGGCAUUCUCCGCUAUCGCACUGCCAGCAGCUUUGAGAGCUGCGUGCAGCCGCGAUUCGCCGCUGUUGUCGCUUGGUUUUUGCUAGCGCACUUUUGUUUCUUUGCCACUUCGCAUCAGACGACGCUCUCGCAGAUUGAUUGGCGCGCUGCCUUUGUGGGACGCUCCAGCGCUUUGGGGCAAUCACAUUUAAUUUCUGGCGCGCUGGUUAUGUUGAAUACCUUUUGUGGUCCCAUAUUCUUUUACUGCAUGUAUGCGCUGCUUAGCACUGAGACGUUCUCGCUAUUUGCGCUCUUCCCCAAUCUGAUACGCAGCAGCAGCAAUAGCAAUCAACGCAGUCAAGGCAAAGGGGAUGCAACGGCGGCACUGGCGGACAUUGCUCAGGAUGCAGUGGGCUUUGACAUGACACGCGGCGAACUCACGCUCUACGAGUAUGAGAAUGUAUUUCUGGGUGCAAACUUCAAGCUGGCCACGCAGUUCUUUAUGCUGCAGGGCAUCAAGAUCUUUUGUGCCAUGAUGGCCUGCACCAUGCACUGUCGUCAUCUUAUGGUCUGGAAAAUCUUUGCGCCGCGCUUUAUCUAUGAAGCCUUGGCCACCUUUGUGGGUCUGCCCGCCAUCAUUGUGGGUUAUCUGCUGCUCGUGCGCGUCAAUUGCGCCGUGGACACGUUGAUCAAACGCAUCAAUAAGCAGAAGCAACACUAGUCUUAAAUAUUAAUAAUAAUAUUUUAUGUAUGCCCAAAGUUAGUUCAAGUAUUUUUUGCCUCAAGCAAUUAAUUUAUUUAGCUUUGUUUUUAAUUAUAGCAUUAGAAAUGAAAAUGCAUACAUGUUGUUCUUGUUUU